AUGCUCCCACCCCCGAGGACCGAUUCAGGAUACAUUCUGGCCAACCGGCUAGAACUGACUGGUAUCCUAGGCGUCGGUGCCUACGGAGUAGUCUAUACCGCCGUGGAUAUCCAUACCAACAUGACCUAUGCCGUCAAGGCUCUCAACAAGACCGGACUGGACCCGCGGCAAUUAAGGUAUCAACAGCGGGAGAUUCGUCUGCACCAUAUGGCCAGCCAGCACCCCAAUGUUGUCUCCUUGGUUCGCAUUAUGGAUUCCGUGGACUGCACCUACGUUGUCAUGGAGUUCUGCCCCGAAGGAGAUCUUUUUUCUAGCAUCACCGAUAAGGGAAACUACGUCGGCAAUGACCCCUUGGUUAAGCGUGUCUUCUUGCAGCUGUUGGAUGCCGUGCAGUAUUGCCACUCCAUGGGCAUCUACCACCGGGACCUGAAGCCCGAGAACGUCCUGGUGACGGAUCAGGGGAUGACGGUUAAACUGGCCGACUUUGGCCUGGCCACCACGGACUUCUACACCUCGGAUUUCGGAUGCGGCUCCACAUUCUACAUGUCGCCAGAAUGCCAACAGACCAACCCGCGACCCAUGUCCUACUACGCCUCACCCGUCAAUGAUGUUUGGGGCCUCGGCGUCAUGCUCGUUAACUUGACCUGCGGGCGCAACCCAUGGAAGCGCGCAUCCCUUGAGGAUUCCACUUUCCGGGCAUACCUCAAAGAUCCGUUCUUCCUCAAGACUAUUUUGCCCCUGUCCACGGAGAUGGUUUGUAUUCUUAGCCGCGUGUUCGAGCGUGAUCCUGCCAAGCGGAUCACCAUCCCCGAGCUUCGCCAGCUGAUCGUGGAGUGUCCCCGCUUCACUGAGGCUCCCAUGCCUUCCCCCUGGGUGCCGGACCAGAUUCCGCAGGCCGACUACCUUGUCCAGCCCCAAAUCCCCACCUUUGUCCCCUUGGAGCCCUUGCAUGCCCAGCCUUCUGGGUCAUCGUCGGAUUCUUCCCAGUACUCGGACUUCUCCGAUGCUGCUCUCUCCGAUACGUCCGCCCUGACUGAGGAUUAUACCGACUACAGCUGUAUCUCGCCUGCUGUUUCUGAACAGAUGCCGGAUUGCAAGGUCGUGUUCCCCAACGCGAUCUGCGUGGACCAUCAUAUCCCCGAUCAAUUUGUCACUUGCCCGCCGAUUCCGGUCUGCUAG